AUGGCGAUCAAAGAAUGGAUGAACCGGCAUGCCUUGGACGCACAAGACAAAGAGAAAAUCAAACGGGUUCAGAUUUGGCGAUUGUCUCUGGUCUCAAGCAUCAAAAGCCGUAUUUUGGCCGAACGAAGGUCAGUCAAAGAGUUAAACCGAAAGAUGCCCACUCGCUCGGUGAAACGGUCCCACGAAUUGGUGUUGGCAUGUCAAACGGGGGAGCAACGGCGUCAUUUCGGUCAAGCUGACAUUCUCGUGGAGAACGGUGAAAGAAGCCUUGACACUUCAUUGAAGACCAGUUGGAGUCAGGCCAAAGAGAUCUAUUCCCUUGAAUCCGGUGAAGUGGCAAGUUUGAGAGACUCGGGUGCUGUUGACCUCGAGGCCGACGUGGAAAGAGGACAAUCAAUGAAUGACAUGGUUCUGUUGUCAAGGCAGGACAGGUUGGCGAAAGAGGCGUACGCAGUGAAGCGUGACCAUGUUGAGGUUGGGACAACAAAUGAGGCCAAGGCGAGUGGUGAACAGAAGGGCUACUGGGAUUGGAUGAGGGGCGGGGAAGAGGAGAGAAUGGGCAGCAUAAAGCUGGAGCCUGAAGGGGGAGUGUUGAAGAUGAGACGGAGACGAGAGAGAGGAGAAGAGGAGAAUAGGCUUGAGAAGAAAAAGGGUGCUAAAGCGGAGGAGGAGUCAUCGAAUGGUCAACGGAAAAAGAGAGAGGAGAGUUUAGAGGCCCUUCUGAAGCCAACGAGAGAAUGCAACGGAAAUGAGCCAAGCAGACUGCGCGAUUUGCAGGAGAUUGAGGCGAAAAAGCAAAUACAUGCUGUAAAACGUUCAGCAGACUACGAGGAGUCGACAUGUGACGAGAUAAUCGCAACAGGAGACGGACAAGACGAAGAUGAUGAGACAAGAAAGACAGAGUGUCCAGAAAACAGAGUAUCAGAGACAAGAAUGUCGGAGAUUGACAUGGUGAAAAGGGACUUUGUGGAAGCGUCAGGAAAGAGGCAACAAAAGGCAGAGAGUAUGGAAGAGAGGAGAGUGAAAGAAGAAAGAAAAGCAUGCUCCAGACGCGAGAGUAUAGGCGCAUUUUUGGGCAAAGUGAAGGAGGGAAGAGCAUGCUUUUGUGACUGGGACGGCAAACAACUUGAGCCAAAGGUUAAGAGAAUGUGUGAAUGCAGAACUGAAAGACACAGUCAAAGAAGGAAAUUUCAAGUGGAAAGAGAUGUUCGACUUGAGAAAACGGAGAAAUUUGAAGUAUUCGAUGAGCCCAACCGAAUGGAGGUGAAGAUGAAAUGCCACCUAAAACGUGCUGAAGAGAAAUCUCGCCAGACGACAGAAGCAAGAGAUCAAAUGAGAACAUCGAACCUACUGAAAAAGUUGGUUUGGCGACCAGAGCAAAAGAUGGAAAGGAAGAUGCAUGUACAGAAAGUAGUAGAACAAGAAGGAGUAGAAGUAGAAGAAGAAGAAGAAGAAGAAGAUGAAGAAGAAGAAGAAGAAGAAGAAGAAGAGCAGGAGGAUGCCGCGGAGGAAGGAGACGAGGAAAGGCCAACGAAACUGUGGAGGGAGAAGGACAUUGGCGACUUGGAAAAUGUGCCGCCCGGUCUCCGAUCCGUCUCAGAACACACAGACUUCAGAUAUGCCGGCAAAAGUCCAUCCGACAUUCACAGUCCUACCUUCAGUAUGACCUCGCUGGCGACCGGAACACCUUCUCGAUGGGGUAAGUCGGCCAGCUCGCAUCGUUGGCUCUCGGUUGGCAUGACACCAUCAUCGACGUACCGGCAGUCGGCGGCACCGAGCAACCCCAUCUCGGGCGAUCUGAUGGUCUCGAUGCCAGUGCCAUCUACCACAGCCACCGCCGGACGAAUAUUGAACCUUACUCGCAUCAACCUGCGAAGGUAA